UCCGCUCUUUAUCGAGAUCGCCUUGCCUUUGCGCAGCUCUUGCCCUCCUUUUCCGCACCUCGCACGCACUCUCGCGAUAAUAAUCAACACACAGACGCACAACGCGACAAAACAAAAUCCGUCAAGAUGCUCUUCAAGACCACCGCCUCUGUUGCCCUCCUGGCCUGCGCCGCCCAUGUCGCCGCCGAGCCCAAGCCCUACCGCCUGGCCAUGAUGCCCGUCCUGGGCCAGAGCCUCGCGCGCCGCAACACCAACGGCUACCAGCCCGAGCUGUCCCAGUGCAACGACGGCAGCACCUGCUCCGAGGCCUGCGGUAGCGGCUAUGCCGAGUGCCCUUCCAGCGGCAAGGAGACGCACUGCUACAACCCUGGCGCGAACCAGAACUGCUGCGCUGACGGCUCUGGCAACUCCUGCGACGCCGGCUACUACUGCACCCACGACCACGCCCUCAAGACCUGGUGCUGCCCGGAGAACAUGGACCUCGCUGCUUGCGCCGCUGCUUAUAGUGUAGUCGGUGGCCUCGAGAGCGCCACUCCCACCUCGACCAGCACCUCGAGCGCCCCGACCAGCACCAGCACGACUGCCGUCACCACGACUGCUGCCGCCACCACGACCAGCACCACGGAGGCUCCCACCACCACGGCUGCUCCUACGACGACCGCUGCUCCCACCACCACGGAGGCUGCUACCACCACCGAGGUCGAGGAGACGACGGCUGCUCCCGCCACCAGCGCCGGCUUCACCAGCGCCUGGGCCGGCCACAACAGCACCAUCACUGCUGCCGUCCCCAGCAAGCCUCACCAGAGCAACACGCCCAUCCCCCCUGUUGCCUCCGUCGGCACCGGCGCUCCUCAGCCUCCCCAGCCUUCCACCAUCAGCGGUGCUGCCACCACCAGUGCCAGCGCCCUGCUGCUGCUCGCCGCUGGUGUCAUUGCUCUUCUGUAA